AUGAAAGCUCUCCAAUUUUUACUCCCCUUGCUCCCUUUAGCAUCCAGCUUUAGCCACCCCGGAUUGCUGGUCGCUGAAUCUGAUCUGACCCGGCUCCGAGGGAAGCUCUCAGCGCAGUUGGAUCCAUGGCAAGCUUGCUGGAAUAAGCUUGUCUCUACGUCCCCUGCAAACGUUCCUUACACCCCCCAGGCUGUGAGCUCUGUCGAUCGCGAUAACGAAGCCAACGCCGAUCUGCUAUGGCAAGAUGCCGCUGCAGCCUUCGUAUUAGCUCUUCGCUAG